CAUGGCCCCACUAAAGAGGUGUGUUUUUUCAGGGACUGGGGCGAACCUCAUCUGUUGGACUCCCUUCACAGGUGACUCAGAAGCAGAAUGAAUCACAGUGCAUAGCACUCCGAGAGGACAGGACCUGGUCGCCGUAGGAAGGAGCUGACGGGUGCUUGGGGAGACGUCUUCACACCGUGGGGCUCAGAGACAUGGCUUCUACCGACUUGUCCUGCUAAUACAAGAUAAAUAUCCAUCUUCCCAAGAGGCAUCUUUUAGCAAUCUUCUGGAGCAUUCCUGCUGUGCAGCUGCUCAGAGGUGUCUCUCAAGUUGAGGAACACCUCAGGAGAAAAUCGGCAACAAGACAAACGCCUGCCCAUGGAGUCAGCAGGAGUGUUACUGACACAACUGGUGCUGUGGAACAUGCCUGUGAGUGACUUCCAGGGAGCAGCUUCAGUCAGCUCCUGGCCAUGCUAUAAAUACAACUAGAAGUUGCAUCUGCAAACUGAAGAAACACCGGUGAAGUCGUGAUCCACCGCAGUUGCACAGACAAAUAUGAAGUUACUCUGGAUUAUCUCAUUUUUUCUGCUGCAAGACACUGAAACCUUCCUGCUGCAAAAUGCUAAAGUCAAGCAGUGUUUACAGGCCAGCCUAACGGAUGGGGAUUUAUUGCUGUCAGACUGUAAUUCAGCAUCAGAUUUCCAGAACUGGUUCUGGCAAGGAGAUUCUUUGAGGAAUUAUGGCACACAGAGCUGCCUCUCCGUGGUGGAAGCCGACAGAGUGCAGAUAAGUCCUUGUGAAAGCGUGGGCUUCACGAGCUGGAACUGCUCCAAUUCGUUGCUCUUUCCUCUGGGCAGCAGCCAGGGCUACCUGGUGGCAAGCAAAAAAGGAGUCGUGCUCGAGAAUGUGAGAGGUCUCAAGGCUCAGUGGCAAAGUGCUGCAGAGAGCAGUGUGUGCAAGGAGAAACCAGCAGCACAAUAUAGCUACUUAGCCGCAGCCCUUACCAGCACAGACGUGUAUGACCACACAGCAUACAGUGCUGGCCUUCUGCUGGAUAUGGAGCCAGAAAAGCUGGAGGAGCUGCUGUGGUUCUUCCGCAGAGAAGACUCAUCACCAUGGAAUUACUCCAUCCUUGCUCUUUCCUUCGUGGUCACAAUUUUGGGUUUUGUCCUUCUGUCCAUUAACAUUUCACGAAACAGGAAAAGGAAGAUCCACGUGUAUAAAGAAGCAGCGCAAGCUGCCCAAAAUUCUGAGCUGGAAACCAAGCAAGCCCUCAUAACUGUGCCAGAAUACAGCCCAGAAAGCCCGCAGAAGCCAGAGCCGCUGCCACAGGAUGAGAGAUCGGGAGAGGUGCUGGUGCAGUGGAAGGAUGGGACUGUCACCUCUCUGUACAGGGAGACAGCAGAGGAUGCCAUGUAACAGCUGAUGUGAGGCCAUAAGGAACCUACCAGAAUGUCUCAAUGCACAGAAACUGCAGAUUGAAAAGUUGAAAAAUUGUAGCCUGGAAAAAAAAUAAAUAAAUAAAA